GUUUACGUAGUACCAAUUGUGACUUGUGAGGUUCUAGGUUGCCCAAAAGAUAACAUGGCACAUACAAGACGUCGUUAGAUAACAAAGACAACUCACCAUGAAGCAAAAUUUACAGCUUGAAGAUGUCGACAGAGAACUUGAAAUCAUCAAGGCUGUGGCACAAGCUUGGUACAGCCACUCCGGCAACUCCCAGCCCAUGUCCGAAUUUGAUGCCCGCCGGAGAAACUACAAAGGUAAGUCACCGUCCCGGUUCAAGCUUGAAGCAAUGAGAAAAUCAUCAUCAGCUAGUGCACAUCAGAGUGGUUAUGAAAAAUGGGAUUUUGGGCAGUCACUAUGGGAUGCUUAUGAGAUUGUUGCCAUGUCGAAAAGGUUAGAGACGGGUCUAGUCCUUGAUGAGUUGGAGAGUUCGGCUCGAGUCCAUCGGAAACGUAGGGAGAGCAAGCACAGUCUUAGAAGUUUUUUCAAUACAAUGUUUUCAAGGAGAUUUGAUGAGGCAGAUAUGCCACCUGAUGAGGAUACGUAAUUCGGGUCCUUCUUGAUUUUUUGCAGCGUUAUCGUUCUUGUUAGUGCGAAUUACAGCUCGAUAUAUAUAUAGUUUUCUUCGAAUAUUAUCUACGUUUUUUACAC